AAGAUGGGGAAGAAGACGUUCAAGACGAUUGGAAUCCGAAGGAGCCUGAAAUGACGCAGCAAAUAUUGGCAGCGGUAGGGUAAGAGACAAACCACUCUCCGCUUUCGUUUCUUCCCCUACGCUUAGGUCGUUGCAGCAGCUGUGGUUUUCAACAGUUACAAAUUAUGUAGGACGCCCAUCGCAUCGGCAUGAUGGAGCUACGGAGCACGAUGCAGCACAAAGAGAUUCCCUCGACGCCUACCCCCAAAACGAGCACAGCGAAAUCGGCCGCAGAGCGAAUGAAGGAGUACCGCCAACGAAAGAGGGUUCCCAAAACCAGCGUUGCGAAAUCGGCCGCGCAGCGAAUGAGAGAGUACCGUGAACGAAAGAGGGUUCCCAAAGCCACCGUAGCGAAAUCGGCCGCCGAGCGAUCGAGGGAAUACCGCCGACGGAAGAAGCAAGCAAAGGAGUUGUCGUCGCCAGCGAAGCAGACGAAAUCGAGCGCGCAGGUGAACAAGGAGUACCGCGUUCGCAAGAAGUUGUUGGAGUCGACGGCCAGUACGUCUCAACCGAAACAGAGCAGGUCGACGACAGAGGUGAACAGAGAGGACCGGAAGCGCAAGAAGUUACUCCGUAUGGCGAUUUUGUCAGAUCAGCCGUCUCACGCAGCUGCCCAUCCGGACUAUGUGCCGAAUCUCCUGAACGAACCUGCCCCCGACUUGCGAGUUCUGAUGUGCAUCCGGAGGGCAUUGCAGAGGGAACCACCGGUGGCAAUCGGUACCAGCGAGACCCAGCCGUCCGAAGCUUUGCAGCCCUACAGCAGUGGGACCCAAGGUUCAAGGAGUGAAACGGAGGCUGCUGGCCAGGAAAAAUCCUCGUCUUCCCUGUCUUCCAUCAACAAGUUGGCAAGAAAAUUCGAGAAAGACCAAGCAGAGGUAGCGAAAGCAGGUCUGCCAUCUUUCACAGACGCCCAUACAGAGUAUGUGCAGAGCCUCCCGAACGAACCCGAACCUGACUUGAGAAUGCUGAUGUGCUACCGGAGGGCACUGCGAAGGGAAGCUCCUGCUGCCAGCCAGAUCCAACUCUCCGCAGCUCUACAGCCACACAACAGUAAAGCCCAAGGUUCGAGCAACAAAACGGAAGCUGCCAGUCAGGACAGCUCGUCUUCCCUCAACGAGUUGGCGAGGCGACUCGAAGAGGACCAUACCGAGGAAGCGGAAGCAGGUGCCGAGGACGCCGAUCAGCCAACAAAAGAAGAUCCUUCAGCAGAGCCGCAGGUUUCGCCCGAAACUCUUCGCCACGUCAAAGACAACCUUCAAAGGCACCUGCUCAAGCUUAAAAAAAAACGAAAAAAACGAUGACCGUUUAAUUAUGUACAGAUGUUCUCAUCCUCAAGCUGCAGAGAAUGCACCUCGAGUUAGAUUCAUUUCAAAUACCAUCCCAAUGUAUGUUUAUGGCAAUGUUUUUUGUUUGUUUUACUCAGGAUGCAAAGUAUUUUUCUAUGAAAAGUUGUAAAUAAGAGUCAGUUAUUGCAGUGAUGCGUAAAACUGUGCACGAUAUUGAAAUUGUUGAAGUAUGCCAAAUAAAAACACGGCUGAAAUGAG